CGUGAGGAGAGACGAGCGCGGCAGCGGCGCCGAACGGCACUGGGGCAGCCGCGGCCGGUAACGGGCGGCGGUGCGGGCCGGGGCCGCGCUGCCCUUCGCUGCCUGGUUGCGUUAGGCAGCGGCGCACCCCGCCCGUCCCCCUGGCCCCGGGCAGAAGGGGGCGGCUGCCGGCAAGUUAAAAUGUUCGGUGUUCACCUGCGCCCGAGUCCCGCCUUCGGCCGGCUGUCUCACAGAGAAUAAAAAGUAAUUCUGGAGACUUCUUCUUUUCCUGAUGCUGAAAGGGAUACUUUUUUGCAAGAGCAGCUAGCUGAACUGACUCACUGCAUCACCCAACCUGAUCCAGGGGAAAAGGCAAAGGUACAUAUCCAGCAGAUCAUGCAGCAAAAGAGCCGGUGGAAGAUACAGAUCCAAGCACUCUUUCCUUGACAAUGACUGAAAAGUAUCCUGUCCAAGACACAGGAGUUCCUAAGGACCAACGUUUCACAGUCUUUGUCUUAGAUGAGGAAUACCUAACAGAUCAAGUUACAUUGGAAAUUGCAUCUGUGAACAUCAAGACCCUUACGUCAGAUUCUGGCCUUAUCCAACAGCCAGAAGACAAAGACACGCAAAGCCAUACUGACGAAUCACUUUCAGAUCUCAAGAAAACCUGCAAGGAAAAUGGCACCUGCUCCUUGUGCUUAUUCCGUGCACCAACCAUCAGUGAUAUGCUCAAUGAUGAGGACUUGUUGUACACAGUGAGGCUAAAGCUGGAUCCCUGCCACCCAACAGUGAAAAACUGGAGAAAUUUAGCAAGCAAGUGGGGGAUGACUUAUGAUGAAUUGUGUUUCCUUGAACAGAAGCCCCAAAGUCCCACUUUGGAGUUCUUGCUACGGAAUAGUGACAGAACUGUGGAGCAGCUGAUUGAUCUCUGUAAAUUUUAUAAGAGAAUUGAUGUUGUGAAAGUGCUGCUGAAAUGGGUGGAGGAGGAAUGGCCCAAGAGAGGGAACAGAACUUACCAGAAUGACUUCUAGGUCAAAGAAAGUUGUUAGUCCAUACAUGUUAAAUGCUGGGACUAGCUGCCACUAGUACGUGGGACUUUGCCCUUGCAAGAGAGAGAACCUGUACUGACGGUUUGUAUACUGUGUAAGUUUUCUGUACUUUAUACACAUACAUAUGUCCUGUGCCCUCAGGGUUGCAAAGAUAACCUUCCAAAAGUGGAUGGAACAAUCCAGGUUGUGUUCUUAAGUCUACAAAUGCCUUAAAUUUCUUUGCUGCUGUUUGUAGGCUUCCUAAGCAGAAGAUGAAUGAAAAAGCCAGACCACUGGUUUUGUUGCAGCGAUUGUGAACCACAUCAGUUGUGUGCUGUUGCUACUGGGAAAGCCACAAUUAGAAGGCAAGUCUCUUGGCUGUUCUGGCAGCCCUUCCACAAUUUUAUAUGUUCUACCUAGUAGAAAAUGAGGUGUAAUUUUUUUUUCUUCUUAAAAAAAAUUAAAAAAAAAAGUAAGCUUUAUGACACUGGUUUUGGCACAGGAACACCUUAGUGUUCCAAGCAGCAGUUUGGAUUUGCAUUUAAUUCCAUGUUUCAACAUCAUAUUCAGGCUUCAAGCUUUAAAUGUCUUUUAUAAACAAGAAUAGAUAUUAAACAAAAUAAUUAUUUGCAUACUUCUACAUCAUAGGGCAAAUAUUUGCUAUAGAAGAAAUCAUGCAGUUCAAAGAGACUUUCCAGCCAUAACCACUAGGGACUAAAAAAAAAAAAAAUCCAACCCCCCUCCCCCCCCCCCCCAAAAAAAAAAAAAAGAAUUAAAUGCUUUAUACUUAACAUUAGUUUCCAAAGUUUUGAAGAAAAUUUACCCUCUGAAUGCACUUAUCUGCUUAUCUCAAAUGCCUCUCAUUUUGCAGUGUGAGGUGACAGCUAAUGCCUCACCCACAGUAUAUCCUGACAAUUGAGUAUAAUUUCCCUUUUCACAGGCUGUGUUGUUUUCUUACCAACCUGUGUAUUGACCUGCUUUCUAUCCCCCCGCCAAACUAGUUGCACACUUGUAUGAAACUAGCACAAGUUUAUGUAUUGAUUAAGUUACUCUAAUGGAAAAUUAACAAGUGAAUUCACCUACAGUCCAGGUAGAUGUUUAUUAAAGCACUUAUGGUGGUUUAGGCUGAUGUUUCUGAAAGAAUUUUGAUACUCUGAAUUACACUGUUUACAUUUAAAAUAUUUUAGAAAUGGGACUUUUUCCUACCAUUCUUCUGUGUUCUAAUGUUUUUUAAAAAAUUCGGAAAAAUCAGUUAUACAGUACAAUGUAUAAAGUACUUACAGCUAUAAUGUCACACACAAAGAUGUUGUGACUAAAAAUAGUUCUAGUUGUUACCCUUACUAAAAGCAUCUCAGACAAUACUAAUAUGUACAUAGGUGUAUAUACCAAAGCACUGGUGAGCAGUAUGUCAAGAUGUGGGGCAAAACUAGAAUGGGGUACAGGUUGAUGCACUAUUUACUUUUCUCAAGUAGAAAUUACUAAGAAUUAGUAGCAAAGCUGAGGGAAGUCUAAUGCUGUAUACUGAGUUUCUUACUGUAAGAGAAUGAAAAUGGACCUCUAGUAAUACUGUACUAUAGAUACUGAUUGAUUUGGUUACAGAGGAGCUAGAAGUAGAGACUAACAUUUUCAAUGUCAGGCACUAGUUCUGAGGCGACAUAAAAUUAGCUUUAUUUUAGUGACUUCAAGAAGCUGACGAUCUAGUUUCAAGGUGAAAAGACUGACCUAAAUUUGAGGUUUGAUUUUUUAAUUUUAUUUUUUUUUAAGCUUGUGGAAGACUGGAAUUUUUAAUAACUUUAUUUUAACUGUUCCUCAAAAAAGCUGCUACUCUCUGGAGCAGUAUGUUUUCUAGCCAUAUUUUAAAGAGGAAAUCCUACUACUCUAUCUUGUUUGGGCUGCAGUUCAAAUGUUUUCAUGUACCUCUUCUAGGAACAGGGUUUUCCCGACAGAUGUUUGCUGAUUCUAACUUUUGCAAGUAAUCUUCUGUUUUUAGUUGGGAGCUCUAGAAUCAUCUUUGAGGACUACUGCUGUGGCUGGGCUGCCUGCUAUUUUCAGUUCCUACAAAGCCAUCUACUGCAUAUGUGCAAAUAGCUCAUUAUGUAGCUUGUCCAACAUGAUCCUCAUACCUUGGGCCUACUAUAUGCAUGGUUAAGGAUCGUGUGCCUGUGUGUUGUUGUUCUUCAGAGUGAUGAGUGCUGUCAUGUAUGCCAACAGCUUUACUCCCCCAUAACAUACCACAGCUGUAUGUGUGGAGUGUUAUAGUAUGCUCUGCUUUGGUGGAUCCAGUACAGCAAGGAGCUGGAGCCCUCACCUGACACUGACAAUGGAAACAUGAAAUGACACAGCAGCAUUUCUGAAUCAAGAUGUUGAACUCAAAUCUUACCCCUUUUCUUGUUUUCUGGCUAAAACUUGUAAAAUUUUGAAGAAACACUGUUGUCUUGUGGAAAUGAGUUCUGAUCCCUUGAAGUUCUUGAAAAGCCAAUGUCAGCUGCAAGGAUUCAUAUCUGAUGGAAAUAAAGCUGCUUCUGAGAGUUCAUAUGUGGAUUCUUUAUAAAUUCAGCACUGAAGGUUGAAAAUGUUAGCCUUAAACUUAAUAACACACUGGAUUACUUAUUAGUAUACUUGAAAUAUUUUUUUCUUCUUUGUAUGGCAUGAAUUGAGAUGUACACACUUUUUUAGUUUUAUAUCUGUUUACAAGAUAUUGGUUCUGAAUGUUCAGUUUAUUCUUAUAUCUUCUGUUCUAAUGUGUACUAUUUUUAGAAGAAAUACAGAUUGUCAAUUUUUGACGUUA